AUGCUAGAAGCCGAACGUCCUCUGAAAAUUCAAAAGAGAGUUUGUGAAGACAGAAUCAGCUCGUUGUCUGACGAUUUGCUCCUGCAGAUAUUAUUGCUUCUUCCGACCAAAGAAGCGGUGGCCACGACGCUAUUGUCAAAACGGUGGCGAUAUGUCUGGACCAUGUUGCCGAGACUUGACUACAAAGAAACCGAUAGCGAUCGCAAGAGCGUUUGGUGGCUUCUUGACCAGUCCAUGCGAUUGUACGACGCGCCUAUAUUAGAAAGUUUGUGUAUUGAACUCGGUUCACAAUGUCCCGUUGACGUUGAUGUUGUAAACUGGGUUGCAAAAGCGGUUGAUUGCUGCGUACGUAACAUAAUAUUCAAGCUCCGGUGGGAAAGCGAGCGGAUUAGAAUGCCUAAAACCCUUUACACAUGCAAAACGCUUGUGAGGUUGGUUCUCUGCGGAAAAAUUAUUGUGGAUGUCCCUUCUCCGGUUUCUCUCCCAUCACUUGAGAAACUUGAACUUUUACGUGUUGCGUACAAAGACGAAGAAUCUCAUGUUAGGCUUUUAUCAGGUUGCCCCGUUCUCACGCAUCUGGAUGUGCUUCGGUGUGCUGGUAGGGAUAGGUCUGGUAAGGAUAGGUAUGGGGGUGAUAAUGUGAGAAAGUUUAGUGUGAAAGUGCCUUCUUUACUGAAUUUUAAGUACACUUUUUGGCAAGUUAACGAGGAAGAAACUAAUUGGUCUCUGGUUAUAGACACUCCUGCUUUAAAGUUUUUAUGCAUCCUUUAUCUUUGGGGAAGCAGCUCGUUCUCCACGGAGUAUAUGCCCCAUCUUGUGCAUGCAUCCAUUAGUGUUAAGUUUUACCCUGACGACAAUUUGCUGCGCUCUCUUGCUUCGAUCAACUAUCUUCAGCUAUUUCUGAAUGAUCCAAUGGUUCCAUGGUGGAACGCCGUUAACUACUCUCGGCUUAUUGAGUGUCGUAUACGUUGUUUUGACCCAGACGAGUGCGAAUCACUUGUGGUUUUGCUCUCCAAUUGUCCUCAACUAAAAGUCUUUAUGGUCGAAUCCAUGUCUAAGACUGAUCGGUUGGAGAAUCAUGUUCCGGUUUUGUGGAACCAGCCGAGUUCUGUUCCCAAGUGCUUGUCCUCUCGUCUGGAGUGGUUUAGAUGGACAGGAUAUGCAGGAAGAGAAGACGAGAAAGAACUCAUAAGGUACAUUGUAGAACACUCCAAGUGUUUAAAAAAAGCGGAAGUUUAUUUAAAUUUUUCAUGUGAUCCUGAAGAGAAACAGAAGAUGGCUGAGGAGUUGAAAUCUAUGCCUAAGAUGUUAACCAGUGUUUUGAAACCCGACCCACCCGCCCAUUGGGACUGGUAA